GUUGACGUUUUAUUCACGAGGAACUCGUCAGAGGUCAUCGUGAAGUGAUCUAGUCCUAACGUAUCGAAGGAGGACAGGAUCGAUAAGUAACGACGGGGUGAUAUCCGCAUACCUGACAUUUUUCGCGUUUAGCUACUUUUGUCAGAUCCGUGUGAGGUAGAUUCGAACGACGGCUGAACAGGGGAUUCAUGUCUUCGUAGUAAGAGAUGAUGCUGCGUGUGUUGUUCCUGUUGAUCCCUGCACUGCAAACCAACGCGUUCCUUUUCGGCUUCGUACCUACCACCCCCAACGUCAUCGAGGACCAUCGUUCGAGAGAGUUCAAUGUUUACUGGAACGUGCCGACCUUCAUGUGCCAUAAGUACGGUCUACACUUCGAGGAGGUGUCGGAUAGAUACGGUAUCCUGCAGAACAAGAUGGACAAGUUCCGCGGCGACGAGAUCGCGAUCCUCUACGAUCCAGGGAUGUUCCCGGCUUUGCUGAAGAGCGCGAACGGGGAUGUAGUGAUGAGAAACGGCGGUGUGCCGCAGGAAGGCAAUCUUACCAAGCAUCUCGAGGUAUUCCGGGAGCACUUGAUCAAUCAGAUACCGGACAAAUCGUUCCACGGCGUCGGGGUGAUCGAUUUCGAAAGUUGGAGGCCAAUCUUCCGGCAGAAUUGGGCUUCCCUUCAACCGUACAAGAAACUAUCCGUAGACCUUGUACGUCGGGAGCACCCGUUCUGGGAUAGCAAGAGCGUGGAACAGGAGGCGAAACGACGAUUCGAGAAGUACGGGAAACUUUUUAUGGAGGAGACGUUGAAAGCGGCCAAACAGAUGAGGCCCGAAGCUAUCUGGGGAUACUACGCUUACCCUUACUGUUACAAUCUCACGCCGAAUCAACCUAGCUCCCAGUGCGACAGCACUACGAUCCAGGAGAACGAUAAAUUAUCCUGGCUGUUCGAGCUCGAGGAUGUGCUCCUGCCGUCUGUGUACUUGAGGCGGAGCCUAACGAGCGGUCAAAGAGUAGGCCUGGUCGGUGGUAGGGUGAAGGAAGCUUUGAGAAUAGCGAAGCAAAUGACGAGCAGGAAAAAGGUUCUCCCUUAUUACUGGUACAAGUACCAAGAUCAGAGGGAUAGCUAUUUGACUAAGGUCGAUCUCGAGGCCACUCUUAGGAAGAUCUCCGAUCUUGGCGCGGACGGUCUGAUCAUCUGGGGGAGCUCUAACGAUAUCAACACCAAGCAGAAAUGCCUGCAGUUCAGGGAAUACCUGAACAACGAUCUUGGCCCAAUCGUCGAUCGGAUUAGGCGAACUGCUCUGGGCUUGAGCCAGCGUAGCGGCAAUUCUCUGGACAAUCGGGUCGGCGUGAGCGUCGAUCAGAAGGAGGAGCUGAAGGAGACUCUCUGGUGGAGUGGUGGAGGUGGAGAGCAAGAGGAGGAGGAGGAGGAGAACGGAACACGAGAGAUCGGCAGCACAGUUUCGUGUUCAGCUCAGCUCGGGAUCAUGGGAUCGACGUGUCAUCUGACGGUGGCGAUCGAGCUGCUCCUACUGGUCACCACUCUACACGCCCAUCGGGAGCACAAGGUCCACAACAUCGUGCUCUACCCCGACAAGCACAGCUGGUGCAAAACGACGCCGAUCAAGCAGGUCCUCACAUGGCCGCAAUGUUCCUCCCAAGAAUUGGACAACAACGUGUGCGUCGGAGCUUGUUUCUCGUACAUGGUGCCUCACAGCGAACCUUCUGCUCCCGGUGACUUGAUCAGACCGUAUUGCGACUCUUGCCAGCCGUUGGACAGUGUCUGGCACACGGUGACACUGGACUGCAAAGACGAGGAGAACAAUCCUAUCACCAUGCAGAAGAAAGUGCAAAUCAUAACGAACUGCUCCUGCAGCUCCUGUAUGGAGACUUCGAGGAUCAAACCAGACUACAACACCUUGCUUCAAUCCUUGACCAAGGAGAAUCUCGACAAAAACGUGAACGUAGUCCACGAAACGCCAGAUUUGCUCUUAGAUCCGAAUUUAAACUCCUCUAAGAACACAACGAGGGACGGUGUCCAGGCUAACGAGAGAUUCCUGCAGAUGAUCAAGCAGAUGAAGGACUCCGAGAAGCUGAAGCAAUUCGGCACGCAAGAAAUUGGACCGAACGGUUUCGACAUGGACGACUUGGACAAGCUGAGAGAGUUGUUGAAGACGUACGGUCAGGAAGAGGAGAAACAGCAUUCUCAUCAGCAUCAACACCAGCAUCAGCAUCAAUCGUCCGGGAAACAGCAGCAGCAGCAGCAGCAGCAACAGCCACAGCAUCAUUCCACGACGGUUCUCCAUCGAGGACCGCACCAUUCGAGGGUCCUGGACUCGGACGUGAAGGAGAAGAUCGACGUGGAGCCGCAUUAUCUUCAUCCGGCUGUCGCCGGUCAGGAGAUCAGCUACCACGACAACGUUCUCGUGGACAAAGACAAGAAGAAGGAUUUCUGAUGCGACGAGGACUCGUGUCUGAUCGAUGGAAACGGGUUAGGUUAGUCGGCUGCGAACGUCAGACUUGCCGGAACGACCGGUAGUGAUAUGAGUUUCGCAUAGGUGAAUGAGAUCGUUUCUUUUUUAUUUUUAUUAUCAGGAUCAUUCGUUGCCUAGUCCAGUAAACCCCGGUAAAUCACUUGGUUCGGCGAACGAUUCAUUUUGUAAAUAGAAGAGAUGUUUCUUUUUUCUUUCUCGUUUUACUCUUUUUUCUUUCUCUUUUUCUUUUUUGUUUCUUGUCUUUUCGGUUCUCUUUUUGUUUAGUCAGGAAAAAGCCGACACUUCGCGUAGUAGGUAUUCGUUAAACUGUUGCGCCGCGUUAACUCUCGAGGAAACUUGGAUUGGGCGUUAAGGAUCUCUUGUCGAAGGAUCCUGAGA